AGUGGCAACUAAGAGAAGGAAGUUCCCGUCACGGUAUCAAAAAAAGCAUUUCAUUCCCUACCACCUAUUAGUACAUAUUCUGUGCUGAACCGUUCAAACAAGAGUGCACUUAGUUGCAGAGUUAGAACUGCUAUGCCAGAAUAUAUGAACCUGCAAUUUAAUUUAUGGAUUAACUAAGAUAGUCAGACAUAACAAGUACUAGAUGGAGAAAACCUCUGCAUGUUCAUCAGUUUGUCUCUCUCUACCAAUGUGUAGAAGCAAACAAGAAGGGAUCGUUAAAUUGCGUGUGAAACAAGGAAGUAAAGGGAUGAAUAAAUAGGCACUUUAAACACUACUAGACGAAGAUGGAACGAUAAACCAAAUUGCGACAACAGCGAUAUCUGACGGAACUUGAAGCUGACAAUCCUGUUGCGUAUGGUUGCGUAUUACAGUUAAAUGUCAAGCUGAAAGGGUCGUAUUUUGCUCGCACAACAAACGGGCGAAUCGAAAUGUAAUUAGUGUACAUAUAUUGUUAUAAUAAAUCUUCAAUUAAAAUGCCAAUGGCAUGGAAGCCGGUCAAAGAACAUUUAGGAGUUGCUAUUCACAACUUCGUACAUGGAACUCCUAAUGCAUUAAGAUUAAAUGUCGGAGAAGUAGUAUACAUAUUAGAAGAGUGUGGAGAUUGGUAUUAUGGACGCAAUAAACUUAGAGGAACAUGUGGAAUCUUUCCAAAAUCUUAUAUACAUAUUCAACCACAGUCAGCUAAUAUGGAUUGUUUAAUACAUGAAAUUACAAGUGUCUUGCGAGAAUGGGGACAUCAUUGGAAACAUUUAUAUGUGAUUCAUUCGGAACACUUCAGAACAAUGCAGCAACAAAUUUUAGAAUUAGUAGGAUACAGAAGCAAAAUUUUAAGUGGCACAUUGACCGUGGAUGAAUUGAAACAUAUGAAAAGAUUAGCAACAGCUAAAAUUGAUACUGGUAAUCAGUUAUUGGGAAUGGACAUGGUUGUUCGUGAUGAUCAUGGAAAUGUUCUUAAUCCUGAAGAGACAAGUACAAUUCAAUUAUAUUAUCACCAUGAAACAGCUGCAGAAAGAAUAAGAAAGGCAGCUAAUGAUACUAAAAAAAAACCUUCAAAACCACAAGCACCUGUAUAUUCGCAUAUAUUUUUUGUUAGCGUGAGAAAUUUUGUAUGUAAAAUGGCUGAAGAUGUAGAAUUAUUAUUAACUUUAUAUGAUGGUCGUGAAAUGAAGGCAAUUACUGAAAAUUAUGUGGUAUCAUGGAGUAAGGAGGGGCUUGCCAGAGAUAUAGAUCAACUUCACAAUCUUCGUGUUUUGUUUACAGACCUUGGCUCCAGAGAUUUAGCCAGGGAUAAAGUUUAUUUAGCUUGUUAUGUAAUUAGGAUAGGAGGUAUGGAGGCUAAAGAUGUUGAUCACCGACGUUCAAGUGUUGCACAGACGAAUCAGAAAACUAAAAACAGUGAAAAUAUGAGGAGACCAUUUGGUGUAGCAGCAAUGGAUAUCACUUUAUACAUUACUGGUAAACUCGAAGGUGACUCAGAUCACCAUCAUUUCAUUCCAUUUGUACAAUGUUGUGAGAAAGAAAGCUUAGAUGGCACAUUACGUAGAAUUCUUUCACAAAAAGAAACAAAUAUUCAAAAGAGCAAUAAUGGUAAUAGUGGCAGUUUUGCAGGUGGUCAGGGAUUAUGGGCUAGCUUGAAAUUGCUUAGGGGUGAUCCAAAACAAGUACGCGAUGAAAAUCCGCAUUUAGUACUUGGUAAUGUUGCUAUUGCAAGAAAAAUGGGAUUUCCAGAAGUUAUUUUACCAGGUGAUGUGAGAAAUGACUUAUAUCUCACAUUAAUUAGUGGUGAAUUUAAUAAAGGAUCAAAGUCUACAGACAAAAAUGUCGAAGUUACGGUUAAAGUAUGCAAUGAGAGUGGUGUACCAAUACCAGGAGUUAUGACAUUGGGUGGUGGAGCUUCCCCCAUUGACGAAUAUCGUAGUGUUAUUUAUUAUCAUGAAGACAAACCUAGGUGGUGUGAAACCUUUAAAAUUGCUGUACCUAUUGAAGAAUUUAAACAAGCUCAUUUGAAGUUCACGUUUAAGCAUCGCAGUUCAAACGAAGCAAAGGACAAAUCUGAGAGACCUUUUGCUUUGAGUUAUGUAAAAUUAAUGCAACGUAAUGGAACAACAUUGCAAGAUAUACAGCAUGAAUUAUUAGUUUAUAAGUUAGAUCAAAAGAAGUAUGAAGAAUCUGAUAUUUCAUACUUAAAACUGCCAUCAACAAGGGGUGAAUUGGUUGAACUAAAUGCUGAGAAAAAACCUACAUUGGGAUCCUUUGCUUUAAGUAGUAAAGAUAGUUUUUUGAUAGCAACUAAUAUUUGUUCAACAAAACUAACGCAAAAUGUAGAUUUGUUAGGUUUGUUAAACUGGGCAUCACAUAACACCGACUUAAAAGAAUCCUUAGCUGCCUUGAUGAAGGUUGAUGGGGAAGAAGUAGUCAAAUUUUUACAGGAUGUUUUAGACGCUUUGUUUAACAUACUAAUGAGUAAUUCAGACAGCGAUGUUUAUGACGAUAUGGUAUUUGAAUGUUUGUUAUAUAUUAUUGGUUUGGUGUCUGAUAGAAAAUAUCAACAUUUUCAACCAGUAUUGGAUUUAUAUAUCUCUGAGAGUUUCUCUGCUACACUAGCAUAUAAAAAAUUAAUAGCAGUAUUACGUAAACGCAUAGAUAAUGCAACUAAUAACGAUGGGCAGGAGCGUGAUAUACUUCUUAAAACAAUGAAAAGUCUUCAGUAUUGUAUGAGAUUUGUUGUAGAAUCUCGUCUUCUAUUCACCGAAUUAAACCAAGAUGAGGAAGAAUUUUCUCAGACACUGACAGAGUUAUUAAAAUCUAUCGUUGAACUUAUGAGACACGAAACAGAUAGUACCUUAUUGGUCCAAGGAGCAUGCCUUAAAUAUUUACCAACUACUAUACCUCAUCUAUUGCGUGUCUAUAGCGGCAAACAAUUGAGCGUAAUUUUAACUGACUUAUUAGUUACUUUGCCAUCAGGAAGAUUGACCAAACAAAAGAUGAUGACUGUAAACGAUAUUGUUCAUAGUCCUCUUUUUCUAAACGCAGAAUGCAGGGCAAUUCUGUUACCUAGAAUCACUAUUUUGGUUCGAGAUUUAUUAGAAGCUAAAGAAGAGGGGCUGUCAAGUACGCCUGGAAAAAGCGUGGCGAAGGUAGCCAGGCUGCUCGGCGAAAAUCGGCAUCGACUCAACCAACACCGCGGCUACUCCGAAGAGGUAGAAUUGUGCGUCAAGAUAUUAUCUGACAUCUUGGAAUUAACGUUUAGGAAGGAUAUAGGAAAUACAGUGCAGGAUGUAAAAGAAAUUAUGCUUACAGCCUUACGCACUAUUAUACAAACUGUUAUAUCGAUGGACAGGGAAAAUCCACUAGUAGGAAAUUUGGUUUCAGUUAUGUUAGCAAUAUUCAGACAAAUGACGCAACAUCACUAUGAAACUUAUAUAAAUCAUUUUCGUACUACAUUCGAUUUACUUGAUUUCCUCAUGGAAAUAUUGCUAGUGUUCAAAGAUCUUGUGUCUAAGAGCGUAUUUCCAGGGGAUUGGUGUGAAAUGAUUAUGCUUCAAAAUAGUAUUAUUUUAAAAUCGUUACGUUACUUCUCGGGUACUAUCAGAGAUUAUUACUUCACUGAAUUUGAACAGCAGGCGUGGUCUAAUUUCUUUCAUUGUGCAAUUGCAUUUUUGACCCAACCAGCGUUGCAAUUAGAGACGUUUACACCAUCAAAACGUAAUCGUAUUGUUUCACGUUACAAUGAUAUGCGCAGAGAAACAGCAUUUGAAAUACGAUCAAUGUGGUUUAAUUUGGGACAACAUAAAAUAUUGUUUGUUCCAUCUUUGGUUGGAGCAAUAUUAGAGAUGGCAUUAAUUCCAGAAAGCGAAUUAAGGAAAGCAACCAUACCUAUAUUUUUUGACAUGAUGCAAUGCGAAUUUUACAGUUCACGUAUCACUGAGGGGUACGGCGAUACAAAGAGGGAUCCUGCUCACAUAAAAGCUAAUUUUAUAGAGUAUGAAAACGAAAUGAUUGCAAAAUUGGAUAUUUUGGUUGAGGGAGGAAGGGGAGACGAACAGUUUCGUUUACUUUGGAUUCAAGUAAUGGGUAAUCUUUGUGAAAAGCACUCAACUAUGCGAGAACAAGGAUUACGUUUUGUUGAUACAGUAGCUAAACUCAUGGAACGUUUAUUACAAUAUCGCGAUAUUAUUCAUGCUGAAUCCCAGGAACAUAGAAUGUUAUGUAUCGUAAACUUACUAGAAUUUUAUUCUGAGAUAAACAGAAAAGAAAUGUAUAUCAGAUAUGUGAACAAAUUAUGCGAGUUACAUUUAGAAUGUGACAAUUACACGGAAGCAGCAUACUCCUUAAAAUUGCACAGUCAAUUAUUAGCCUGGAGCGAUCAACCACUGCCACCACUUUUAAGAUCACAUAGGUAUUUAUCGUGUCAAACCCAUCGUGAGUUAAAAGAAGCAUUGUACAAUGAUAUGAUCGAAUAUUUUGACAAGGGUAAAAUGUGGGAAUGUGCACUUGCAGUCUGCAAAGAAUUGGUUGCUCAAUAUGAGGAAGAAACUUUUGAUUAUUUACAACUUUCGGUAUUAUUGAGACGCAUGGCUAAAUUUUAUGAUUCUAUCGUGAAGCAAUUGAGACCUGAACCUGAAUAUUUUCGAGUUGCAUAUUACGGUCGAGGACAUCCAGCGUUCUUACAAAAUAAGAUAUUUAUUUAUCGCGGAAAAGAAUACGAACGUCUUAGCGAUUUUUGUUCGCGGACGUUAAACCAAUUACCAAAUGCAGAGCAAAUGAACAAGUUGUCUCCUCCUACUCCGGAAAUAUUAGAAUCCAAUCACCAAUAUGUUCAAAUUAAUAAGGUGGAUCCACUAAUGGACGAGAAGAGACACCGAUUCAGUGGGAAGCCUGUAACAGCAGAAGCAGUAUUAAGGUAUCAUCGAGUGAAUGAUGUUCAGCGUUUCCGAUUCUCAAGACCGGCACCAAAGAAAGACAUAAGUCAAGCUAUAGCAAAUUCUGCUAACAAAGAAAAAGAAACAAAUGCCAUUAACAAUAAUGAAUUUGCUUCAUUAUGGCUAGAGAGAACAGUGCUUGUCACGAGUCAUCCUUUGCCAGGCAUUCUCAGAUGCUUUCCUGUCACAUCCAGCGAAACUUACUUAGUCAGUCCUCUUCGUAACGCGAUCGAAACCAUGGAAGCUACGAAUACUGCAUUAAGAGAUCUUAUUAUAUCGCACAAAGCUGAUAACAGUCUUCCAUUAAAUCCACUUAGUAUGAAACUUAAUGGUAUACUAGAUCCUGCUGUGAUGGGCGGUAUCGAUAAUUAUGAAAAAGCGUUUCUCAAUCCUGAAUAUCGAAGUGCUCAUACCGAAGAGAGUUCUGAUCUACUGAAGCUAGAAGGAUUGAUUGCUGAGCAAAUUCCGUUGUUGAGUAUCGGUGUUCAGCUACACAAGGCACGCGCUCCUCCAGAUUUGACUCCGUUUCAUCAACGUUUGGAACAGUGUUUUGCAUCAUUGAGAAAUCAUGUGGAAGCCAAAUAUGGAAAAAGGACAUGCGAUUUACAAAUUGAGACUCUAACUCACACUGUAACUAUGCGAAGAACACAAGCUGCGAGGGGUGAUAAUCAUCGCUUAUCCGAGUCAAAUAUGACGAAUUCAGACUGUGGAACUCACUCCAGGGUAUCCUCCCUUACGAGAUCCCAAGUUGCAACAUUCAAGUCGCUCGCAUCAUUCAAUUUUAACAACAAUACACCCUCAUCUGGUACUCAGAACAUCAAUUUAUCAAGGAAUGCUUCUAUACGUUCACACAUCCUAUCAACAGCAUCUUUACAAAAGGCACUAGGAAGUUCAAGUCCAGGAACAUAUAAGAAAAAAGAUUCAAAACGAAGAAGUUCACGAAAAAGUGAUUCGGCAACAUCUACAAAAAGUGACCAACCAACAAGUCAGUGGUAUACCACAACAGAUAUACCACAAAAUACAACGACUCCUGUUACUCCGUUAAUAUCCAGUUACCCUAGCACUCCAGUAUUUGAACUCCGUCAAGAGCUAACACCAAAGCGUCCUUUAAGAUCAGAGGUAGAAAAAGAAAGAAGAAUAAGUAAUCGUUUAUCCGGGCAAUCUCAACAUUAUUUAAGAAAUAUAAAUAAUGGAAUAGAUUCGAAUAGUUUAGGAAAGGGAAACAGGGAUAGUAUCGGUACUACUGAUAGUACAGCGUCCGAAGAUGACCUGCCGCCACCUUUACCCAUGAAAACGCGUGAGGCGGAUUAUUGUAAUCUGCCAGAAGAAUUGUCUACUCAUUAUUGCGGAACAGGCAGUAUAAAUAAUUUGAAUCGGUCUAUAGGACAGUGGUCAAAAAAUAAACUUCCAACUCCUACAGACGAUCUUGACAUUCAGACGAAGCCACCAACACCACCGCCAAAACCAAAAAAACCGCCUUCUUAUAUCUUGAAUAAACUGAUGCUUUCUUCGGAUAUAGACAACUUUAGUCAGGAUCCGUCCGUGACUUGAUCUAAAUUAUUCCACGAUCAUUUGUCUUGCCAGUACACCGAGAGUGACGUCUAAUAAUAUUUAUGUAUAACAUUCGUUUAACAAUAGGAAGCUAGAAAGUUACCAUCCCUUUUGUACCUUUUUUGUAUAAGCAAAUAAUAUCUACCAUUGUUAAGGAACACCAACGAAUUGGGUAACGUUUUAACACAUUGUCAUUAGCAUGAACAAUGUGUUUACUCAAUUAUGAUGUUACUCAACUAAUAUUAUAAUAUUAUAUAAUCUAUAUAACAGUAAUAUUAUAACACUUGCCUUUGGUCCAUCCAUUCGAGAAACGAACGGACGAUAUAUACCAUUAAUGAACUGGUGAUAAAAAUGUCAACAUAUUUUGAAAAAUUUACAGUUUUUAUAUUUUUAAACAGAAGUGUGUUUCUAUCGUAAAUGUUUUGCUAAAUAUUUUAUAAACUCAUUUACGAAACACAGAUUUUGGAUUUCAUAUUUACAAGUAUCAAAUAACAUACAGUGCGCAUUUAAAUCGGAAUAUUAUUCGCAAUGAACUUUUUGAUUCGUAAAGAAUUUUACUCUCUGCAUGAGACACGUAUAUAAAAUAUGCAUAAUAUACUUAGGAGUAAAUAUUACAGUUCUAGGCAUACUUCUAUAGAUUUUUACAGUACAUGUUUAUGUCAUUUUGUAACACAUUUUUUAACAAAUUGUUACUGUUGCUGUUGCUGUUUCUUAUAUUAAUCGAACAAUUUAGGAAUCUAUUUCUAGACUUAAAAUACUUGUUUAGAAUUUGCUUUUGAUCGCUGGUCAUAUUCUACAUAUAUAAUUUUGCUUUUCAUGAAGUAACAUUAUUCAAGCAUUACCACUCUGAUGUGAUUUAAUAUAUUAAGGAUUUGAUUUUUAUAUACCAGUUGAUCAAAAGAUAUCUGUAGACUUGUAAAAUGUUAAAUUAUUUAAAGCGAUAAAAACAUAAUUUUAUAUAAGUUCGAAUCAUAAUCGAAUGAUCAGUUGCAUAUCUGAUAUAUAGUAAAAAAAUGUUAUACAUUAGUGACUUUAUAACGCGUUUAUUAUGUGGGUAUAUUAUACACCAUGACAGAUUAUUUUACACUGAAACGAAUUUUGAAUGUAUUUUUACAAAAUUAUAAAAAUUUGUUAUAAAGCAUUGCAUCAAUAAUAAUACUACUAUAUUUUCAAUACAUUUAAUACGUAACAAAUUUACAAUAUCAAAUCAAAUAAAAUAUAUAUCACUUUUUUAUUGCGAUCAUCACGUGAGUCUCAUACCAAAGAGAUUAGUGCUUUAUUUAUUUUAUUUACUUAGUAAGUUGUAUGUAUCAUUUAAGAAAUGUUAUAUAACAUAUUUUUCUAAAAAAGACCGUCAACAAAAUUCAUCAUUAUUUUUAACUAAUAACAAAUAGAAUAUUAUAAUUAUAUGCGUAUAUUUUUAGUUCAUUUCUUAAUUUUACCAUUGACAGAAAACACGGUGUAGCGGAUAUUUAAUGUGCCAUCUGUUUCCUUUUUAAUGUUUAUGAUAAUUUUUUAUUUUAACUUAUAAAUCAUUGUAAUAACGUUAAUAAUGUCAAAAUUUAAAUUUAUUUAAUGUUAUUUACAAUACAUAACUAUUUCUUUACACA